GUCCUCCCCCCGGUUUUUUUCUGAAGGUAGCAAACCUAGCUAACCAUCGGUAGAGUUUAACGGUGGUUGUGGAAAAGGAAGUGGAGAUGGCCGAAUUGUCACUUUACCUUACAAACAUUAACGUAUCCGUGGGCCAAACUAUGGACAAAGAGAAGACUCCCAAUGUGGGAAAGGAUUUUGAGAAUGUGGAGCUCGGUGAUUUGGGCCUGAAAAAGCAGAAGGUUCCCCGCAGAACUAUAUACUUUGCCAGUGGGGAGACGAUGGAGGAAUACAGUACUGAUGAAGAGGAGGAGGAAGAGCCUAAGAAAAAGAAUACCAUGACUAUAAUUGACCCUUCAACACUGACAUGGGGCCCGUAUGUGUGGUUUCAAAUGUGGAGAAUGGCUACCUCAACAGUUUCAGUGUGCGAUUACCUUGGCGAGAGACUGGCUUCGAUCUUGGGCAUAACAUCACCGAAGUAUCAGUAUGCCAUCGAUGAAUACUAUAGAAUGAAAAAGGAGGAGGAGGAGGAGGAAGAAGAGAACCAGCUUGCUGAGGAGGCAGAGAGGCACUUCAAUGGGCAAGUGAGCCAGGAGGGUCAGCUGCCCAGGAUGGAGCAGCCGGAGACCAGCGCCUCGUUUGUGAACGUCACAUUUGAGCUGGAGCAGGAGCCUCAUUCAGCACCUGAUGCUGUGCAUGUCCCAGCCCCCCUCCCCUCUUAAGAUCCUCUAUUAAACAGACUUUUAGUUUAUGGUCCCUUUUUUUGUUCCUUUGCCAUUUGUAGAUUUGUGGAUUUGUUCUGAACAUAAUCCAGUUUAGGAAUGAAGUGUAGUGCAGGGAUGUACUGAAGAUUUAGCUUCCUGUCCAGGGAAAUUAUGUAAAUGUGCUAUGAACAGCACUGUGAAGAGAUUCGGUAAUGUUAUGAGCGCCAAGCUGUAGUGUAAUUACUGUCUAUUAUGGCUUUUUUUUUUUUACAAGUUUUUCUAUGCAAGUAAUGUAAUAUAUUUCUAUGUAUGAUGCUUUGUUGAUGCAUGGCAAAUAUGAUUAUUGAUUUGUAUGAAAGUGUUGACUUUUGGUCAGUUCUAAAGGUACUUAUUGUUGGCCUACAAUUCAUUAAUUUGUGUCUCUGUCAAAAUAGGCUGAAUCAGUUUAAAAGUGCAGAGUUUGAGAAAAUACACUUCAUAAACUGUAAGAUUUUCAUGGCCUAAUUUGCUGUUUCCUAUCCAAGGGCAUGUUCAGGUAAUUUGAUUACACUUAAAAUAUGUUGAAGCCAUGGGUAUACUAACAGAGCAACUGUACCAUGUUGCCUUUUAUACAUAGGUCAAUCUUCAUGUAAUUUCUGGACUGUCAGUUAUUGAAUAUUUGCCAUCAGAUGUUCUCAUUAGGUCAUGUAACCUUAUGGAAUUACGAGGUAUCUGUAGGUAGCCUGUUUGUUUGUUUGUUAGUUUCUCUUUCCUUUUAUUUACAUAGACAAAAUGAUUAUGUUGAUCUGAAUCUUGGUCUUGAUUUGGAAUGGAAGAGUAUAGGAUGCCUUUACUGUAACUAGUGUUAUCACCUGAGAUUUUCAACUGAAGGAAUGAAUUUGUCACGGACAUGAAAAAUCCUUUGCUUAUUGAUGUAAUCACGACACAUUUCUGCAAUUUGAAGUAAAAAAAGCUGCUUUUAUUUAUGUUAAUAAAACAUUUUUGUAAAUUCAA